GUGGAACGUUUAAAAUCAGAUAAAUCAAUUGUUGGAGGUAAUGAGCCACCGGUUGAUGAAUUCAAAAUACCUGAUAUAUCGGCUAAUAAUAAACCUAUAAUGAAUCUUAGAAAAUAUUUACAUAAAGAUAUUAUAGAAAAAAAUAGCAAAGCUAACACGACUAAAAUGCCAGAAGUAAACUCAGAACGAUCCAAUUUAAUAGGUGAUACCGAUUCUUCAUGUAAAGAUGAUACAUUACAAAAUAUCAAGCCAAUUAAGGUUAUAUAUCCUGAAGAAAAUGUAAAUCCGCAAGUUGCAAAAAAGAUAGACGUUCCCGGUGGAAAUAUUCCCAACUCUUUGGAUAAAUCGAAUUCCGGGAUUUCAGUGGGAGGAACAGAAGCAAUUCCUGCUAUGACAAGCGUCAUAGGUUUACCAAAAACGAAGAAAUCGACUCCAGUGAGUAUCGAAUCCUUUAAAGAAUUAAACUUGAAAUUUGAUGCCGUCAUUGCUGAAUUUAAAAAGGAAAAGGAAGCACUCAUUGAUAGGAUUAAAGAGUUAGAAGAUGAAAAUAAAAUGACUGAUGAUAUAAUUUGGAACCUAGUGGCUGAAAAUGGAGACCUAGAUUCUGAGGUAUCAUCACAAAAUCAAGAGAACGAUGCUAGAUUUGCGAAAUUAGAACAGACUCAAGAUAGAAUAAUUAGUUUCUUUA